AUUAUAAAAGUGAUUGUGAGUCACAAAGGACCAAAUUACAAUCAAAAUUCACUCUGCUUCUGAGGGUUGGAAUGAAGAUGUGGAGGUUAAUGUGUGUGAAUUUUGUCCUGCUCAUAUGCGUCAAAGGUUCACUUUCUCAACUGAAUGUUUGUGGACUUGCCCCUUUAAACACCCGAAUUGUGGGUGGUGUGAAUGCCCCUGAGGGGACAUGGCCAUGGCAGGUCAGUUUGCACAGCUCUACCUAUGGAGGACAUUUUUGCGGAGGCUCCCUCAUCAACAGUGAGUGGGUGCUGACGGCAGCUCACUGUAUGCCUGGUAUCAGUGUGUCCACUCUCCGUGUGUACUUGGGAAGGAGAACACAACAGGGAGUUAACACUCAUGAAACCUCAAGAAAUGUCAGAACAAUCAUCAAGCACCCCUCUUACAACAGCAACACCUACAACAAUGACAUCACUCUGCUGCGCCUAUCCUCCCCAGUCACCUUUACAGACUAUAUUAGACCUGUGUGUCUGGCAGCUCAGACCAGUGUCUUUGCAGCUGGCACCAGCAGCUGGAUUACAGGCUGGGGAGAUGUUACUGCUGGAGUGAGCUUACCUGCUCCUGGGAUUCUACAGGAGACUGUGGUUACAGUGGUGGAUAGUUCUAAAUGUAAUAAUCUGCUGGGUGCUGGAUCUGUAACCAACAACAUGAUAUGUGCCGGUUUACUGCAGGGAGGCAAAGAUACCUGCCAGGGGGACUCUGGAGGGCCAAUGGUGAGCCAGCAGUGUUCAGUGUGGGUUCAGUCUGGUAUCACCAGCUGGGGCUAUGGCUGUGCUGAUCCCAACAGCCCUGGUGUGUACACCCGUGUGUCUCAAUAUCAGAGUUGGAUCACGACAACCAUUGGUCAGAACCGGGUGGGAUUUGUCACCUUCAGACCCCCAAACUCAUGCACUUCUGCCAGUCAAACCUCAACCUCCUGUCGUGGAAGAUGCAAUGAGCUUUACAACAUCCUCAAUCGAUGCAACUGCAAUACAAGCUGUCGCUUAAAGUGCUGCACAGAUUAUGCACAGCGAUGUACCAUGUAAAAAAACACUUUGUCACUCCAGUCACAUAAUAAGGAAAUUCUACCUCUGGUCAACUGUACUUUGGAAGCUCUGCAAUAAUAACCAGUACCAGUGAAAACAGCUUGCCACAGAACUGAUACAACUUUACUCAAGGGUUUUAAAAAAAGAUUUGCAAAUAUCAAGCAUAGUUCUUACAUUUAAAAAAAUUGCCAUACUUUAUAUCAGCAUGUAAUUGCUUGAAAUUUACAUUUAAAUGUAAUUUCUGCUUUUGUGAUCAGCUUGUAAACUUCUAAUGACAAACAUUGAGACUAUUUGUUUUUGUUCUACAUCUUUUUUGUCAUAAAUUUAAAUAUAGCUUGACAUGUUAUUUUGGAAUUAUGUAACAUUUAAAUAAUAAUAUUUAAUGCUAUUCUUGUAUGUGAUCGGUGUUAUAUAACUGAUACUACAUCGCAUUUAAAUCAUUAAAUUAAAUACUCCUUAAGUACACUGUCUUUCUAUGUCUUUUGCUGUAAUAAUCCACUCCAACAAGAGGCGAUGUGAAAGGUGUAUAAUAGUCCCAAGGAGCUCAGUCCAGCCUGAUCUCAUGAUUCAUGGGUAUUCUUAUGUAAAAUUUACACACACCUGUGAAAUAAUUAAGGCUUCUCAACAACUUCUCUGUGUCACGUUCCCCUGUUGUCUGCCCUGUGUUCUGUGUCUCACCAGUCUAUUGUUUAGAACUACAUUUCCCACAAUCCACCUGCCGUCAUCACUGCCAUUUUGUGUCAUUGUUCACACCUGUUUAUCAUUUGUAAUCAUCCUGUCCUUGUGUAUUUAUACCCUGGUUCUUUGUUCUGUCUUUGUCAAUUGUUGAAUGUUGUUGUUAGCCUGGUAUGUGUUCCCUGCCCGAGUUUUCAGUUUUGUUUCAUCGUGUUCCUAGUUUUAUGUUUAUUUCCCCAUUGAGGGUUUUCCUUUGUGUUUAUUGGUUUGACUGUUUAAAUAAAGUGAGCCUGCAUUUAGAUCCGCUCUCCUCGUCUGCUUCGCUGCCUCAUUCGUAACACUCUGGGUGAUGUAGCUUGCUGUGUCAUCACAAAGCAAAGCUGCUCCUUGUUCAAAGGAUGUGUUCUUUAGGAAUGUGUUUUUUCUCUCUACUCUCACGUUUCACACAUAGCUCAAACAUGUAUGUCACCCACAUAUAAGGUAAAGAACUACUUCAUUGGUGGGGGUCCAGUGGAAUGUGGUUUUUCUGGACCAUAUAACCGAAUGCGGAACAAUAAACG